AUGGCCGCACGGAAGCUCAACGUGCUCGUCUAUUCGGGUACCGGCACGACAUCCGAGUCAGCCCGGCACUGCCUGCUGGCGCUCCGACGGCUGCUGUAUCCGAACCACGCGGUGAUACCGAUCAACGAGGCCGGCUUGACCAAGGAGCCAUGGCCGGCGACGUGUGCGCUGCUCGUGAUGCCGGGCGGCGCAGAUCUGGGCUACUGCCGGGUGCUCAACGGCGCGGCCAACCGCCGGAUCAGUCAAUAUGUCCGCGGCGGCGGGCAUUACCUGGGCUUCUGCGCUGGAGGCUACUAUGGCAGUGGCGUGUGCGAGUUUGAGGUCGGCAACCCGGCGCUCGAAGUGGUUGGUCGGCGCGAAUUGGUCUUCUUUCCGGGAAUUUGUCGCGGCGGCGCCUAUGAAGGCUUCUCGUACCGCGACGAGUCUGGCGCCCGGGCUGUGCAGCUGGCCAUCCAUACCGAUUCUUUCGGCGCCGUGUCCGACACGUUGCCAUCGACCUGCUGCAGCUACUACAACGGCGGCGGCGUCUUCGUGGACGCGGCCAUAGCCGCCAACGUGCAGGUGCUGGCCAGCUAUCCCGACGACAUUGCCGUCGAUGGCGGCAGCAACGGUGGCCGGGCAGCCGUGGUUUACUGUGCUGUCGGUGAAGGUGCGGCCCUGUUGACGGGGCCCCAUCCAGAAUUCGAACCCGCCAACCUGUCCGAGCAGCCCGACCUGCCUGGCUACAGUGCCAUUCUCGCAGAGCUGCGGCACGAUGACGAGCUCCAGGCGCGCUCCCGCUUCCUCCGCGCCUGUCUCGUCAAGCUGGGCCUCGACGUGGGCAGCGGCAAUGUUGCGUUGCCGCGUUUGACCUCGCUGCACGUGACCUCGCUUUACCCAGACGAGGCUCAAGAGCUGGUGCAGGCGUGGGACGAGGUGCUGACGCGCGAGGGCAACGACAUGUUCUUCCGCGGUGGUGACACGUUCCGCGUACUGCAGCCCGACGUCGGCACGUCGGCGUGGCCGGCAGCCCUGAAUACGGCCGUUGGCCCGGGAAAGCACCAGCCGUUCUGCACGGCCAUGCUGAUGGACCUGGCCGACCGGGCGCUGCGAUACCCGAAGCUGGCGGCGCUGAUUAAGCGGGUGGCCGCCAUCAACAACACAUCUGCGCCGGACGAGGACCAGAACACGUUCCGAGCCGUCCUCGGUGCCGUGGCUGCGCACGAAGAAGAGGGAGGAAACCCGUCAGCAGAGCGAGGCGACAGCAGCCAGCGACGCGCGCUGUUUGACGACAUGGUCGACGCAAUCCGCCGAGCCGUAGCGCAGGUGCUGCCUCGCGAUGGAGCCGGGGCCAUGGUGACGAUCCCGGAGCUGGACCUGGCCGUCCGACAGGAGAUUUGGGCCGGUCCGCAGCACUCGGGCACAGCAGAAGAUGACGAUAACGAAACGGUCCGCCGGCUGAUCGUGUACGAGGCUACAUGGCCGACGCGCGUGGCCGCCUUCGACUACGGCACCUUCUACCGGGCGCUGGAGCACUACCGACAGACGCUGCCGACAUCAGCCACGGACGGGCACGAGUUCCAAUGGGGCAACCAGCUGAUGUACGGCCGCGUGGUCGGCAGCACCAACACGCUGCUGGAGCGCAACGGGCGACUGACGGCGACGCUGCCGACGGGCUUCACGCUAACGGCGACGACACAGCUAGCAGGCCGUGGCCGCGGCGCCAACGUGUGGCUAGCACCCGACGGCCAGCUAAUCCUCUCGACGGUGAUCCACCACCCGCUGCGGUUCGCCGCGGGUGCCGACCGGCCGGUCGUCUUCCUGCAGUACCUGGCGGCCAUUGCGAUCGUGGAGGCGGUCGAGGCAUAUGGCCCCGGCUUUGACCGUCUGGGCGUGCGGCUCAAGUGGCCCAACGACGUGUACGCGCCCGAUCCAGACGCGAAAGGGGGGUCAGACGCGCCGUAUGUCAAGAUCGGCGGGAUCCUGGCUCACUGCUCCUAUGCCGACGGUCAUUACCAGGUCGUGCUGGGCAUCGGGCUCAACGCGACGAACGGACGGCCGACGACGAGCCUAGCAGCACUUGCGGCUCGCCACGGACUCGGACUCGGACGCGAACAGCCCGCCAACGACGCGGUCGUGCUCGAGCGGCUGCUGGCCUGCCUCCUGACCCGGCUCGAGGCCGUGUACAGGCAGUUUUGCCGCGACGGCUUCAGCGGCGACCUCGAGACGCGCUACUACCGCCACUGGCUGCACGCAGACCAGGUAGUCACGCUCGAGGCCGUCGUGGGCCAGCCGCGUGCCCGCGUGCUCGGGAUCACACCUGACUGGGGGCUGCUGCGCGUGGCCGAGGUGGUGUCGGACGGGCCGGGCACGACUGAGCGGUCGACCGGACGGGUGUGGAAGCUGCAGAGCGACGAGAACAGCUUCGACUACUGGAAGGGCCUGAUCCGGACAAAGACGUAG